CCGACAGUACGCACGCGCGCAAAGAAAGUCCGGAACUUUCUAACUACACCUAAAACGCGGGCAAAUUAAAAAGAAAAAAGUUGACACAUAAAAACUCCAAAGAAUCUGAUAGUCUAUGAUCGCGACAUUUUUAAAAAAGGAAAUCGCCAAAUUUUUAAGUUAGGAAUGAAAGAUUCGGGUUUAGUGAAAAGAAAGUGAAUAUUUUGUGUUGCGGUAUCUACCAAGUGGAUCUGUGAAUCUAAAUUGUGCAUUGUCUACGAAAUAAGAGUACCUCUAUACUGGAUACACAUCACAAUGGGCCCAAGGAAACUAUCUGUUCAGCGCCGCCGCCGCGCUACGCACCAUGGGUCAAGAACAGUCAUACGCUGGUCACGCUAGCGUCGCCCAGGUCAGGAGAUAUAAGGACAAAUACGACCCUACACCCUUCACAGUCUCCCCAGUAGACUUCCGAACUGACUACGAAGAGAAAGACAAAGACUUCAAAAGACAUAAAGCCAGACGAAGCGCCGAAAGCUUUAAAAGUGAUAACUCCACGGAAAGUAGCGGCUAUCGAAGCGGAUCAAGCGCUUACGAAUGCCGAUCAGAUAGAUCCUAUAAAAGCGAUUAUUAUUGCACGUCUUUAUACAAAAACGAUCAUUACAAAGACGUCAACAAAGAAUUGUAUAAGCCCGUAAAGAUAUCUAAAGAGAAACGGUACAAAUUGCCGUUUGAAGUUGACAAAGAAGAUAUAAGAAAAGAUAGAUUGAACAGUUACUUGAAUGACGCUGAAGCUCAUAAGAGUAAUACGCAAAAGAAGGGUGGUAUAAGGAAUUACACGCCUAAGAUAUUGUCUGAGGAGGACGAGAGGAAACAGGUUGAUAAGUGGAUUUAA